AAUUGAAAUCCGAAUUAGGAUCCGAAAAUAUCCGAAAUUACUUAAAUAUGUUAACAUUUUAAUAUAUGUCAAAAUAAUUUAGAUGUUUUAGAGUAUUUUAAAGAUUUUUAUAGUUUGAUUUAUUUGUUAUUUUGAAUAUUUUUUUUUGGUUAGUUUAGCUAGUUGAAAACUAGUUUUAAAUUAUCUUUGUAAAUAAUUUGAGUAUUUUUUUAUCAAUUUUUUAGUUUUUUGAAAAAAAAAUUUGAACGAUUUCAGAUAUUGGUUAUAAUCCGAUCCAAACCAAAUAUGCAAGGAACCAAACCUGACCCGAUAAUUAGUAAAAUUCAAUUGAAACUUCGAGUAUAAUACCAAAAAUCCAAAGGAUAACUGAACACAAUUAGUAAGUCAAAGUCAACUUAUAAGCAUGACAUUUAUUUAAAGAUUCCUAUACAUAUUGAAAAUAUCCAGAUUUUCUUGCUUCGACAUGAAAGUCAAUCUAUUACGACCGGAUCAUAUUCACACGGGAACAAUAGUAAAACCAGAUUGGUUUUAAGUGAAAUCUACUUUGAAGAUCCGUUUGACCGGUGAAGAAUUUGUUCAUCUAAGAUCAACUCCAACCAUAACACUAAAUUUGAUAUUAAAAUAACAUUAAAUUUAGUGUUUUGUAUCAAACUUUAAUAUCACCUUUAUACACAACACCAAAUUUCAAUCCUAAACUAUUAUUUCUAUUAUUUUAAAAUUUUAUUUAUAUUUAUUUGUAAUUGAAUUACUAUUAUUUUGUGACAUUAGAUUUUAUGUUUAUUUGCUAAAAUUUUAUUUUUGUAAUAUUUAUUUAAAUUUUAUACUUAUGUUAUAAUCAAUUUAUAUAUUGAUUUAUUUAAUGAAAAUAUCGUUUACAAUUAAAACUGUAUACUAUUAAUAUGAAAAAUACAAAAUAAAUUAAUAAAAUUUUGAAUUUCUUUUAGUAAUACUAAUUUAGCUUUAUUCUUAAAUGUACAAUAAAAUUAUUAUAUUAUUGUUAAAUUUGAAAAAUGAAUAAUAUAAAAAAUGAUUUAUUUAUUUUAGUUGAAGAUUUGAAAUAAUUAAAAUAGUAAUCUAAAUAUAUUUUUGAAUGAAAUAAUAAAUAUAUAUUUUUAUAUUUGGUGUGAUGAAUCAUAAUUGCUGAGCUAGAUAUUAGUUCUACAUGAUUCAUUUAUUUAUUUAAUAUAGCUAAAAAAAAAUCCAGGGAUUUGCACUCAAGACAUAGGGGUCAUAACGAAUAUUUUUACCAUUUCACUACAACAAUAAGUGAGCUAAUAAGCCUACACAUUAUUAUUUUUAUAGAUUUCAGGUUGCUCAGAGGACCGUUUUACUUUAAGGUGGAUCCACCUCUGAUUAAUAGUAUUACAUUAAUUUUGGUGUAAUACUAUUUACAACACUAUUUACAAUUUUAAAUUUGACAGAAUAACAUAGCCUUAGAGUACUAUUGGAGAUACUCUCUCCGUUCUUAAAAGAUGUAUGUUCUGGAAAAAAAAUUUGUUUCAAAAAGGUACAUUUUUUACCUUCUCAAUGUAUGAUUUUAAAAAAAAUUGUAAGUUUCAAAAAAAUUAAUGGUGUUUAUUGAAUUUAUAUUGGCUAAAAAUUAUGGAAAAUUGUUAUUCACAAAAACAAUGCAUAUUUAAUGAAUUUUCUUAAUAUAUGUGAAAAAUUUAGAAUAUACAUCUUUUAAAAACAUACGGAGUAUUAUAUAAGGUCGUGUGAGUGAGUAUACAGUUAUAUUUCGAAUGUAUAUCUUUACAAAAAUUUUGUUGCAAAUAAAAGAAUAAUUUAAAGAUUGAUAAACAUCUCAUACGUGUGUUUAAUAUAAGUUAAGACGAACUUCUUAAACUAGAAUAUUAUCAUCAUACAAAAUAUAUUAAGGGGGGAGGGGUGUUAUUAUAAAUUAGAUUAUAAUUAUUGUUAGAAAUUUCAAGUCUAGUAUUAUUGUUUAUAGAUUUUCACUUUCUAAUUAAAAUCUAGUAUUAUUAUAUUUAUGAUUUUAUAAUUGUUUUCCAAAUCUACUGCUAUUAAAAAAGUUUAGAUUUUAAUGAUUCUAUAAAUCACUUAAAUUUAGAACUAUUAAGAAAUGUAUUUUUAACCAUUAACUCAAAAAUUAAUAUUUUGAAAUUAAUACAUAUAUAUCCUUUUGAUUGUUAAAGCUAUUAUAGUAUUUUUUAGAUUUUCGCAAUAUACCAAAUUUUCUCAAACUCUUUCCAAAUUUUACAAAUAUGUCAACUUUUAAAACCAACACUCUUUGUAGAUCAACUCCCACUAACACUUCCUAAAUUCCAAAAUAACUAAAUUUAUUUCAUUUUCCAUUUCAUUGAAAUGUGAUGUAUCCAUGUUUGUUAUCUCUUACCAAAAUAACACUUUGCAGUAUUUUCUACAUACUAGACAAGCUUAAUCCAAAAUGAAAGACUGGAUUUUUGUAAUUUUAAUUAAAAGGUGUAUAGUAUUCUCUUUAUGAAACAAAUUUAAUUCCUAAGAUAUUAUUAGUUCAUAUAUGGUGUGGUAUUAAAACCAUAAAUAUUGAAAGAUAGUGAUAAUGUAUUUAUUAUGUAUAAUAAAUAAUAUUAGAUUUUAUUUUGAUUUUUCUUCUUACAAAUUAUGACUACUAAACUAGUGAAGAGAUUAUAAUAAAUAUAUAAAGGGGCUGUGUCAAAGGGGCCAAAGAAGACCAAAAACAAAAUAAAAACAAGCACCAAAAUCAGAAAAGACCCCAAUCCCUCUCUCUCUUUCUGCCUCCCUCUCUCUUGUUUCUAUGGGAACGCAACUCCCAAACGCAGACACUGAAUCCCUCCAGCGGUUACUGAAUUUGAGCCUCGGAGUUAACGACAACAACACAGAAAACGUCAACGCAUCACAACCAGCAAACUCCAUUGGUACAGACCAGCCUUUGGGCAUCGAAUUCGUGGAGAAGAUCUUGAACUACGAGUUCAAAGAUAAGAACUUGCUGCUGCAAGCGUUCACUGAUGCUAGUUUUGAUGAAAACUGUGUUUCUUACGAACGCUUAGAAUUCUUAGGAGACACUGUCUUAAACAUGAUUAUAACCAAAUAUUUAUAUUUUCGCUACGAGGAUGCUACACCUGGUUCAUUGACCAGACUCCGUGCGUUCAACGUUGAUAGAGAGAAACUUGCCCGAGUCGCCGUAAAAUAUAAUCUGCAUCGUUACCUCCGUCAUAAGAAACCCUUGCUUGAGGACCAAAUAUUGAAAUUUGCAAAAGAUAUAGAAAAAUAUCCACUACAUUCGCGUCAUCUCCUGGAAACUCCUAAAACCCUAGCUGAUAUAGUAGAGUCUACCAUUGGAGCUAUCUACACCGACUGCGACUCCUUCGAAACCGUGUGUAAGGUGGUAAAACCAUUGUUGGAGCCAAUAAUACCAUUAGAUAAACUGGAGAACCAUCCAGUGACAGAACUCAAUGAGAUGUGUCAGAAGAAGAACUUGAAACUGAAGUUCGAUGACAAUACUUGGGAAGUUGAUAAAACUGUUCGUGUCUUUAUUGAGGACCAUUUGGUUGGACAUGGACACCAUCUUGUCAAGAAAGACAUUGCUAAAAAUUGUGCUGCACAAAAUGCUCUGGAAAAGUUUUCCCAUACCUUUCCACAGAUUUAAUAUCAUAUAUUUAUAUAUAAAUCCUUACUAAUAAAAGGGACCUUUGGAGGCUCCAUAGAGCGUCCACAUCAGCAAAAAAAACUUCUCCCAAAAAAUGACACGUGGCAUAAAAUAUAGUUUUACACUUUAAUAU